AUGACGAAUCGGAAUGCCAAUUACAAACUUGUACUUCUGGGUGAAUCUGCAGUCGGCAAAUCAAGCAUCGCUCUUCGCUUCGUUAAGUCACAGUUUCAGGAGUAUCAGGAAGCAACCAUUGGUGCUGCGUAUCUUACUCAAUCCAUUGUCGUUGGAGAUCCUCCAGCAACAAUCAAGUUCGAAAUUUGGGACACUGCCGGUCAGGAGCGUUACCAUAGCCUCGCACCCAUGUACUAUCGUGGAGCCCACGCGGCUGUUGUGGUCUAUGACAUAACCAACCUACAGAGCUUUGAACGAGCUACCUCCUGGGUCAAUGAACUCCGUGAGAGAGCACCCGGUGUCAAGGUCAUCGCACUGGCCGGGAACAAAUCGGACCGCUAUCAAGAACGCGUAGUAUCAGAACAUGAUGCACAAAAAUACGCUCAAGAAAACGGUCUUUUAUUCAAAGAGACUUCCGCUAAGCUGUCGACAAACGUUAUGGAACUGUUCAAGAUGAUCGCCGAAUCUUUGCCCCUUUCUGAACCGCCACUGACCAACAGCGGCGCAACGCGACUGGGCGCAACCCCGGAUCGUCCAGCUGGUGGAUCUACGAAGUGCUGCACUUAG